AGUCCAACAAUUAGAACCGCAUCCGGGCGUCAGGUAUCUCUUUUGAGUCCCCCACUUUUGUUACUUUCCAUUUUUUAAAGGAAAGAGCACUUUGUUCGGGUGCGCGUGGUUGGGGUACCAGGUACCCCGUACCGGGUGCCGAGUCGGAUGGCUGUCACAGAAAGCAAUGGCCACGAGCAGGCGGCGAAGAAGCCGCGGCUGGAGGAGCGCCUGCCGCCGAUGAACGUUCAGAAGUACCGAAGCUUCCAAUCAUGGUACCAGAUACCCUUUGACGAGAAGUGGCCCAAGCGCUCCUGGCCGGAGAAGCGCCUCACCAAGGCACCGCGCUGGUGCACGGUUGACCUGCGCGAUGGCAACCAGGCGCUGAUCAACCCGAUGAACCAUGAGAAGAAGCUGCGGCUGUUUCUGCACUUGCUGAAGCUGGGCUACAAGGAGAUUGAGGUGGGCUUUCCAGCUGCCAGCCAGACGGACUUCGACUUCAUUCGCUACGUCAUUGAAGAGGGCCUUGUCCCAGAUGAUUGCUGGAUUCAGGUCCUGACCCAGUGCAGGGAGCCCCUGAUCCUCCGCACCAUCGAAGGGGUGAAAGGCGCGAAGAACGUGGUGAUUCAUGUCUACAACUCCACCUCUGAGUUGCAGCGCCGGGUCGUCUUCAAAAAGGGUCGCGAGGAGAUCAAGAACCUGGCGAUCGAGAGCGUGGGGCUGGUGAAGAAGCUGGUCAAGGAGCGCAUGGCUGGCACCAACGUGCGCCUGGAGUACUCCCCCGAGAGCUUCACCGGCACGGAGCUCGACUUCGCGCUGGACGUGUGCAACGGGGUGGUGGACGUGUGGGAACCCACGCCAGAGAACCAGGUCAUCCUGAACCUUCCCGGCACCGUAGAAAUGGCGACUCCGAAUGUGUACGCUGACCAGAUCGAGUGGAUGUGUGCUCACAUCAAGAAGCGAGACUGCGUGUGCAUCAGCAUCCACCCCCACAACGACCGGGGCACCGGCAUCGCGGCGGCGGAGCUCGCCGUCAUGGCAGGAGCAGACCGAGUGGAGGGCUGCCUCUUUGGCAAUGGCGAGCGCACCGGCAACGUGUGCCUGGUGACGCUGGCCUUGAACUUUUUCACCCAGGGCAUCGACCCCGAGGUGAGCUACAAUAGCCUGGAGGAGACCAUCGGGGUCGCGGAGUACUGCACCGAGCUCAAAGUCCCGGAGCGGUACCCUUGGGCCGGCAGCCUGGUCUACACCGCCUUCUCCGGAUCUCAUCAGGAUGCGAUCAAGAAGGGCCUGGAGGCCAACAAGAAGGCAACCAUUUGGGAGGUGCCCUACCUGCCCAUCGACCCUCAGGACAUCGGCCGCCACUACGAGGCCAUCAUCCGUGUGAACAGCCAGAGCGGCAAGGGCGGCAUCGCCUACAUUUUGGAGCAAGAGUACGGCAUUGCGCUGCCCAAGGAUUGCCAGGCCGAGUUUGCGCAGGUGGUGCAGAAGAUCUCAGACAAGACCAGCAGGGAAAUCGCAUUCCAGCAGAUCUGGGACGCUUUCUACCAGACUUACAUUCUUCCCCAGGAGCCUAUGGCACUCUUGGACUACGAGCUGACAAAGGCCACCGGCGAUGAGGUGGAGCUCAAGGCACGAGUACGGGCGUGUGGCAAGGAGCACGAGAUCUUGGGCAAGGGCAACGGCCCUGUCUCCGCCUUUGUGGGCGGCCUCAACAGAAGCGUGUUCGGCGCUCAGGGCAUGGAGGUUCACCUGUCGGACUACCACUCUGAAGCGCGAAGCCAGUGCAAGAACGCCGAGGGCUCUGAAGCCGUGGCCAGUGUGCGAUGCCAGGCAGUUACCAAGACUGACCAGGUCAAGACGGGCAAGCCCAGAUUUGGCGUCGGCCUACACAUGAACACCAACACCGCCGUCCUGAAGGCGGUGAUUAGCGGGAUUAAUUGCUUAUGUGCUGCCGGCGAUGCCAAGCUCUUCGCAUAGGCUGCCAACGAGGCACCUUUGGCCGAUGCCUGGUGGAAGCUUCCAGAGCUGAG